GGGAGGAGGGGCGGCCGCCCAGCGCGAGAAGGAGCCGCGCGGGGAGCGCAACGCGCCCGCGCCUCUACCGCUCGGGAUGGACUGAGUGGCCCUGCAUCGGUCCUGCCCUAGCCGGGUCCCGCGGUGCCGGGUCAGGAUCCGGACGCAGGACACCGCCUCGCGCUUUCCCAGUGCACCUACUGCUGCGCCAGGGAGAUGUCCGGCGGCCGGAGAAGGGGCGGCGCCCCCUGGCACAGCUUCUCCCGGUUCUUCGCUCCCCGAAGCCCUUCCCGGGACAAGGAAGAGGAAGAGGAGGAGAAGCCGGGGACUAGCCAGCCGCCCGCGCCGGGCCGGGGCGCUGCCAGUGUUGAAAAUGAGCCCAUGAGCACAAGUCAGAAAAAGGAAAAUGUGCUUUCAUCAGAAUCAGUAAAGAUUCCCCAAAGUGAGGACAAAAGGAGCCAUGCUGAGAAGCUGAUCACUCUUCCAGCACAGGAAGAUUCCAAAAAGCCAAAUGACCUUUCUGGUUCCACCUCAGAUGCCAAAAUAGGAGAAAGUGACAAACAGCCAAAAGAAAGCUUUUUUCAGUUUCUUGGUAACUUAUUCAAUAUCUCAGGAAAAUCAUCUCUUAGUGAAGCCAAGCAAUCUUCUUUCAAAGAUGAGCAUGACAAAACUGAGAAAGAUUUACAAAAUCCCACUGAACAUCAUGAAGAAGGGGUCCACAGAGAGAGAGCCACCGUCAGUGGCUCCCUGGAAACCCAGGUGCUUCCAGCAGAACAAGAGUCCAACUCAGCUGAACUCUCUGAUGCCUUUUCUUUGGAUACAGCACAAGACAGUGAACAGGAAACCAGUGAUUUGUUAAGGCAAAUACAUGAUAAACCAGAGAAGCCUUUAGUAACAUUUUCAACGUAUCGAGGCCCCAGACAAAUUAGGAAAUAUUUGAAGCAACAGUCGGCAUCAGAAACUGUGAACCCCUCAGACAGAGAAAAUGAAAGUUCUGACUCUAGUGGGAGCACACAAAUGGGCCCUGAAAGUGAGAUGGAACCUGGGAUAGUGCCAGUGUCUUCAGCUAGCACAGACAUAUCUAUGAAAGGACAUUUGCUUGAAGGCCUGUUAGAAGUCUCUGAUUAUAACAAAAUAAAUCUCAACACAGAAGGCCAUUCAAGAAACCACCAAGAACUGCCGAACACUGCUUCUUCCAAGGAUGUUUUCAAUAAAAAUGAUCCUGAGGGACCUGAAAGAAGUAGGUCAUCCAGUUCUGUGACUAAUUCCAGCCCCACUCUUGGAGAAUCUGACUCACAGCACCAUUUCAAUUGUGCACCAGUUUCUCAGAUGGACAGAAAUUUGGUAUGUUCAACAUUGUUUACAGGAAGUAAAAGUAGCAAAACCCCUUGCAGUCCAGACUUGCAGAGGACAGCUUCCCCAGAAACUAUGAUAAGAGAAAACAUCUCAGUGGUGAGUGAUGGGACAGUGGUGCAAAGAGAGGAGCAUGCUGAGCCUGAGAGCCCUGCUGUUUCUGACUUUUCUUGUAGUAAAUCUAAUGGGAAUGACACUACCAAACAGAGAAGUGCAGAUUUGCCAAGUCCAAAUAAAUCAAUUAGGCGUGAAGAUCUGCAGUUGCCAGAAAGUAAGUGUUCUGACAAGCAAACCAUAGAUAACUCAUCAAAGCAGGCUGCCAAUCACACCAACACUGUGGCUCUCCAAAGACAUGCUGUGACAGACACAGAACUUGGAAAUGAAGGUAACGGGUUGUCUUCCCAAGAUACACAGGAAAAUUUGGCUGUUACAGAAAACAAGCAAGAAGCAGAAAGUGCCUCAGUUGGUGAACCCACAACUUCAAGUCAUGUAAAAGAAAGUAGAAUCGAGUCAUUACCCAAAGAUACUGACCAGCCUUUGGUAACAGAAGCCAUAAAGCUUGAUUUUAGGCCACAUGGCAAAAUGCCUUCCAUUGGAAUAAAUCAAAAGGACCCUGCCUCUGUAAAAUACACUGGUGAGUCAGCAGGUAUAGCAUGUUUAGAAAAUGAAAUAGCACCUAGACUGAACUUUGAACUUAAUAGAGAUUGCAUUUCAGAAUCUCUUCUUGACUCUGAGAGGCCUCAACAAGCCAAAGUGCUACCUGAUGUCAGAACAUCUCUUAACCUUGACCAUAAAAAAACAGAUUUCAAUACUUCAUUUCCUACCUUCGUUUCUGGAGUUGCCGUGAUGAACAAGUUGGAUAUUCCUGUUUUAAAGAACAAAGAUUCUUCUGUGCUCAUUGAAACUGGGGAUGUCAAUAUUGUUGGUAUUUCCAGUCAGCCUAGUAAGCGUCAAGAAGAAAAUGUGGCAGAUCAUGUUGAGGCUAUGGACAGGGAGAAUCUCCCUGCUUGCCUUCAUCCCAAGCAUGCAUCUGCAGUUCUUGAAUACAAGGAAGUUCUUCCUGAUAGUGAAAAAUGCCAGUUUCCACUAGAUCUUAAAGCCAGUGACACCCACUUAACUGCAGUGGACUUGAGCUUUAAGUCUGAAAGCCUCUUCAAGGACCACAGUUCCAUUUCAUCUCAAGACCCUAAUAAAACAGAGUUAAUGCUGGCAAACACCAAAGCAUGUAAGAACACUCUAGAGAGGCCUGAUUCUUCUUUCUCCUUGGAAACCAAAGCCGAUAACAUUGCAGAAAUUUUAUCAAAGACUGAAGUUAGUGGUCAGAACAGUGUUCCUAUUGAGUCACAUUCUGGAAGAGGAAAAACCCUAGAUUCCUCCAAGAUACCUGUUUCCCAAAUAGAGCCCAGACACAUAUCUCAGGAUAAAAUUUCUUCUCUGCUCGAAAUUAUAGAUGUGCCAGCAAAGCCUAUGUUAACAGAAUUGAUUUCCCUAGAAGUUGAACAGGACAAAAGUUUUCAGUCACUGGAUCAUAAAGACACUAAAGAGAAAUAUCCAGAUGCUGGCCUUAAAGAGAAUUGCCAAACUGAAGUUUCUCCUUCUGUCUCCAAUCAUCAGGGUAUUCAGGAAAUGGAGGUGGAAGCCUUAGGUGGUCCUCCUGCUCUUCUCCAAAGUGAUAGACCUGAGAUUUUGCCACCUGUUCAUGAUAAAAAAGUCACUAGGCAAAUGGCACAGAAUUGUGAAGCCAACAUUUGUGCAAUUCAUCAACCUUUAGUUAUUUGUGGGACUAAAAAUAUUUCUGGUUUUUCAGAAAUGGCAGAACUCAGCUUAACUAAUACUUCCCCCAAAUUCCAAGAAACUGAUAGCAUGAAAGUCAGUUCACCUCUCCUGAGUUCUGGUAUCAGUUUGGAAAAAAAUCCUUUUGCAUCUGAGGGUUCAAGUUUUCUUAUGAAUGCUUCUGUGCUGAGAUCACCAAAGAAAGUCUCAUCUCACAGAAAGAAGGAGAACAUGCAUUUCCCAAGUGGUGGUACUGAUAUCAUGUCUUUGUCCUCUGUUAACUCUGGAGAAGUCAGCAAGGUUAUAAGAUCACACAAUCACCCAAGUAAUUUUGAUUCUGUAAAAGUUACCAUAGAGGUCACGCAUGAAGGUGCCUCCUUAACUAACCCACUAUAUCCUAAUAGCUCUUAUUUGGAAGUUGAAACAUCUCUCCCAACAGGGGCAGAAGUCACCCCACUUCAGGAUCAUUUGGGGAGUCAUCCUGAGACGGUAUCUCUUGAUUUCCCAACUGCUGCCCAAUUUGACAAUCCCAUGGAAACAGAGACUGGAGCAGUUGCUGGGGCCCCAGUGUCAGUUAACAGCUCAAGCUGGCAGUGUUCUGAGGCAUCUGCUAAGCACAUAGAAACAAGGAGGAGAGCACAUGACCAGUUUUUAGACCUCAAAAGUGGUUUACAUAAAAAGGCUGGUACAUUGAUUGGUGAGAUCUUCGAUUCUGUCACGGAAGAACUGAAAUCCAAACACACAGUUGGUACCCUCGAGGAGCACACAGCCACAGACGGAAUAAUGAAUCCAGGUACCCUGAAAGAAGACAUCCCAUCAGAAGUGACACUGCCGGGAAUCCAACUGACAGAGCAUUUCGAAGAGCAGCUCAUGGAAAACAUGUCUGAAGUCCAAGGAGAAGAAAAGGCCUGUGUUUCACCUGUGGUUGGUGAGAAGAGUCUCCUUUUUGAUUCUGAUAGAAUAGAUGUAUCUUGGUUGUUAGAAGAUCAAGCCAGGGAAUUAGUCAAUGAGAUUAUUUAUUCAGCCCAGGAAACCUUAACAAAUGAUGCAGAGGAUGCUUGGGAUUCUGAACUUCAGACUAAUACUUCAGAAAUUCUGAACAGUGAUGAUGUUAAGCCAGAUGAUAGAGUGAGGGAGUUCUUGGUGUCAGAACAGACAGCAAAUCAAAGUACAUGUGAAAUUAGUGAAAAAGUAUUAGGUAGAUUCUUUGCUGUAAAUAACUUAGUUAGUGACACAGAGUCGAUUAAAGGAAGAGAAAUUGGUCUCUACCAGAACUCUCCUUUUUCUGAAAAUAGAGCUGGACAGUCUGAUAGUAUAAAUUUGCAGGAAUCAGAUGCUAUUUUACUAGCUGAAGACAUGCCCCAUACAGGGUUAGCCAUUAAGGCAGAAACACAUUCAUUUCUCCAUAAAGACUCUAAAGAGAAAAUGGAAAUAGAGUGUGUUGAUAAUCACAAAACUGAAACAGAGGAUACAAGAACAUCUAAGAGCAUUUUGUCCAAUGCUCUUGUAUGUAUAUCUGAAAAAAGCUUUCCAGAGCACAGUAAUAAAAGCACACCCCUUACAACGUCAGAAGUAGGGCAAGUACACAAGGAGGAUGAUGAAGUAUAUAUAGGAGAACGUGAGCUUAUACCUUCCAUGUUGGAAGCGGAGAAAACAAACAAGAAGGAUGCUGAAUUGAAUAUUGUGAAAUAUGAUGCAGUGCCUCCUUUGUCAGAAAUGGGAAGAGCACAUAAAAGGGAUGCUGAAUUGAGUAUCUCAAAAACUGAGCCAACAGCUGACAUUCUCAAAAUGAGAGAAGCAUACCAAAUGGGUACUGAGAGGUGUAUUGAAAAAACUGAGAGAUUACCUGCCACUUUAGAAAUGGAAAAAGCUUAUAAAAUAAGGGAUACUAAAGGGGAUAUUGGCAAAACUGACAUGACAACUUUAAUGUCAGAAUUGAAAAAUGUCUACCAAAAAGAUGCUGAGGGAAUUACUGGAAAGACUGAAGUGAUACCUGCUACAUUAGAAAUGGAAAGUAUUUACCAAAAAGAUGCUGAAGGGGAUAUUGCAAAGACUGAAGUGAUGCCUGUUCCAUUAGAAAUGAAAAGUAUUUCCCAAAAGCAUGCUGAAGGGGAUAUUGGUAAGACUGGUAUGACAUCAGUUAUGUCAGAAAUGGAAAAUAUCUACCAAAAAGAUGUUGAGGGGACUGCUGAAAAAGUUGAAAUGAUACCUGCUACCUUAGAAAUGGAACAUGUUUACCAAAAGCAUGCUGAAGGAGAAGUGGACGAAACUGAGGCGAUUCCCAUUAUGCCAAUAAUGGUAAAUGUCUACCAAAAAGAGGGUGAAGAGAUCCCUGCAAAGACUGAAAGCCCUGUAUUGGACACAGAAAACACUCACCAAAAGGAUGCUGAAGAAGUUAUUAGGAAGACUAAAAUCAUACCUCCUUUUGCGUUAAAAGUAAAAGAAGCACACAGAAAGGCGGUGCCUGCCUCCUUAGAAAUGGACGAAACAUGCAAGAGAGAUGCUAAAGAGACAAUUGGGAUGAUUGUGUCUGUGCCCUCUAAGAUAGAAAUGGAAAGAACAUCCCCAGAAGAUUAUGAUGGGGCUGUCAGGAAAAACAGAGUGUUGUCCACAGUGGUAAAUGUUGAGAAAACACAUGAAACAGGUCUGGAAUUGCCCAUUACACAAGUAGAGGCCACGCCUCCCAUAUUUGAAGCUGAGAAAGCACCCCAAGAGUAUGCCAAAGGGAGUGCUGGAGAAACAGAGAAAGAGCCUACAGAAAUGAAGGCAGGUUUGAUAGCAUGUGACUCUAGACUUGCCUCAUAUUUCAAGGGUUAUGAAUCACCUACAUUAAGUAAGGAUUAUGAAGGCUACCCAGCCUUAGUGCAAGGUUUUCAACCCGAGGACACUGUAGGAAGGCUUGACAGAAGAACGUCUGUUACUGCAGUCCAUAAGCAAAUAAGAGAUCUAGGCUAUGGAAAUGAAAAAGAAGAACCUAACCUAGCCUUCAUUUCUCAGGAUGAACAAGAAAAUUCUUCCUUUACUAUAUUGUAUGAAGAGCCCCUUCAAGAUGAGGACAAAUAUGCUACUGCAGAAGUAAGAAGAACACAUUCCCACAUAAUUCCUGACACUUCCACUGACAGCAUGACUGUUUUCACAUGUGAAAGGUCUGAGAGUAGAACUGACCUCAUCCAUCACUUUGAAAAGGAAACUAAAUUAGGUGAGACCUUCGAGAGUGAUAGUUCAGAAAUCUUCUUAUCAGUGGAGGCCAAAAGGUACAAGAUUUACCCCUUAGCUUUGUCUCCCAUUUAUGAGGAUGACAGCUCUCAAGAGGACAUUCUAUCCAGCGAGGUCUCCCCUGGUCACUAUGGCUCCACGAAAUCAAGAGAGAGUGCAGACCAGCCCUCAUCUGUUUUAUCACUUCUCCAGUCAGUAUCGGAGCGUUUAAAGAUGAAUUUUGGUGAAGAUGACAGACGGGAGGGAUGGGAGGAGGAGAACGAGGAAGAGGAGGAAGAAACGUUCCAUAAAGGAAGUCUGAGAGCUAGAAGGCAGGAAACUGUUACUUUCAAGUUGCCAGAUUCUUCCAUCACAUUUUACCCUGAUGAUGGCCAGGAAAGUACUGGAAUUUCUAAGAAUUCUUACGUGAUGUCAAAUGAACCUACUACCUCGAAUCUGCAAAUUGGCCUGUGGCCAGAAAAGGCCUCAUUUCUACAGAAAUCUGACCUUACUUCCAAACUACAUUCUUCUUUAAAGAGUGCUUAUCAUCAGUAUUUGCAGACUUCCAAAACCCAUUCCUCAGAAAAAGGAGCCAGAUUUGGUGGCACUUUUCAGGAGCCAGUGUCAAAAUAUUUCCGUGUUCAAGACACCUCAGGCCAGUUAAGCACAUUCACAGAGAAUGUUGACAAACAAACUCUGAGGUGUAACCCAAGACCUGGGAAGAUGGUUAUCUAUGAUCUCCAUGGAAGUAAAUAUAAACAAGAGAUCUACUGUAACAUUCCUGAUGCUACAUCUUGGUCUUUUCCGAAUGGGGUACUGAUAAAAGUUGUAAGGGGCUGCUGGAUUUUAUAUGAGAAACCACAUUUCCAAGGUCAGAAAUGUGUACUAGAAGAAGGGGAAAAGGUGUUAAAUCGUGACUGGAUCCUUCAGAACAAAAAGCAUCCACAAAGAAACUUUGUAUUGGGAUCUAUUAGACGUGUCUUAAAGGAUUGCAGCAUUCCAGAGAUAGAACUUUGCCCGCAGUCUGAUCCAGCACGUUGUCCUAUCUACAUACAGCGAGCGGUCCCCAAUUUGGAAGAGCUGAACAUCCCCAAAUCUGUGUCUUUCACUGUGAAGUCAGGAGUUUGGCUUGCCUACCCAGAUAUUAAUUUUAAGGGGCAAGCUACAGUUUUGGAGGAAGACCAUGGACUCUUUGAGGUUUCCAUAGCAGAAGUGAAAUCAUUGCAUCCACUUCAAAUGGGUGGACUGAAAGUGGAAAUGCCCAUGAACUUAAAGGUAAUUAUUUAUGAAAAACCUCAUUUCCACGGACAGGCCAAAGAGUUUAGUGAACAUAUAGAUUCUGUCCCUAAUUUUUUAAAAAAUGACGUGGACUUUCAUGGAAUUGGAUCAAUCCGUGUCAUCGGUGGAGUGUGGGUUGCCUAUGAGAAAGAACAUUUUAAAGGCCAGCAAUUCUUGCUUGAAGAAGGAGAUUUUGAAGACAGUAAUGCCUGUGGAGCAUUAAGUGGUUCCAUCUUGUCUUUCCGGUACUUACAAGCUAAUUUCAUAGAAUCUUCUAUCACAUUGUUUGAAUCUGAUCUUGAAAGUGGGAAAUUUAUUAACAUUACAAAUCAGGAAAUUUCUGACUUAGAAGAAAUUGGCUUUGGCAGUGAAACAAGAUCUAUUCAUGUUAAAAGUGGCGUGUGGGUUGCCUACCAGCAGAAGUUCUUCUGUGGAGAACAAUACAUUUUGGAGAAAGGGAAAUACAAAUGCUUUUUUGACUGGGGAGGAUCAAAUAAUAUAAUCAUGUCAAUACGACCUGUCCAACUGGAACCACUUGGGAUAAAUGAACCUCCGCAUUUGCUCAAAGCAUUCAGUAAACCAGGGUUCCAAGGUGAAUGUAUAGAUUUCACAAAAGAAAUUUCGGAUUUGCCUUCAUCAUUCACACCAUGUUCUUUUAAAGUUCUUCGGGGUUGCUGGCUCAUGUAUUACCAGGAGGACAUUUCAAAUAAUCAGUGUGUGUUAGAAGAAGGCCUCUAUGCUGACCUUACUUCCUGCGGCUGCCCAACAUCUAGAGUCAUAUCCCUCAAGCCCAUUGACUAUGUUUUUGAAGAACCCUCCAUUAGCCUUUUUGCUCUGGAACAUUGUGAGGGAAGAGAGCUACAUCUAGAAGAGGCCGUGAACUCUGUUCUGAACAAGGACCUGCACUUCUAUACCCAGUCCGUGUGGGUGAAGAGUGGACUGUGGAUAGCUUAUGAAGGAUCCAAUUUCUUAGGAAGACAAAUCCUACUCGAGCCUAAUGAGAUCCCAAAUUGGACAGCAUUCAGUGGAUGGAAGACAAUUGGUUCCCUCCGUCCUAUGAAGCAGCCUGCAGUGUACAUCAGAAUAAAGAACCGGGCCCAGGAUGAGUAUCUGACAGUCACUGGAAAUGUAGCUGACACAAGAGCAACAUCUGUGUGCAUUUCUCCCUACAGUGGGAAGAAUACUCAGAUCUGGCACUACUGUCGAGGACUCUUUAAAUCCAAGGCCAGUGACACUUGUCUUGAUGUGAUUGGCGGUCGGGACACACCCGGAGCUAAAGUUGCGCUGUGGACCGAACAUGGGCAGUUAAGGCAGAAGUGGAGACUGAACAGAAAUGGAACCAUCAGCUCCUACCUCAGUGACCAACUUGUCCUUGAUGUUAAAGGAGGAAAUUAUUAUGACAAAACUCAUGUAAUUGUAAAUCAGCCCCUGGAGGGAGAAGAAACACAGAAAUGGGACAUUGAAAUACUGUGAGUGUCUGCAACAUCCCUGAGGAGACAGCAGAGGAAGAAGGAUGCUCAUGCCCUGUGGAAAGGAAGCUACUCAUCCUCAUGCACCCGGAUCAGUCAGCAGAAUGAACUUUGUCUCCAAGCUCCAAGACUAUUGCUCUUAACCACAGAAAAGCUCAGAAUAUUCUUGCCAGUUAUUCAGUGUUGUUCCAAUGAAGGAUACGGUAUGAAUUCUGGUAAGGGUUCUAGUCCUGCUUGAUCUCCGGCUUUGGUGAGCAAGUUUCCUGAAGUCUGUUUUCUCUCCUCUCUACCUAACACGAAUCCCAUGCCUGAUAGCCAUUAUAGGACACUGGUGAUGGUGUCAUCUGGAUUAGUUAUUAAUCCCUUGGUAGAUGCGUAUAUGAAUGCAAGGCACAGGCAAGCAAACUCCUAUAGGUCAGGUCAUACUUUCAAACAGAUAAAAAUUUUUUAGCGAUAUAUGAAAACAUUUAAUAAACCUUCCUAUUAAGCUGCUGUAUUAGAUAAACAUUAAAGGUUCUCUACUGAAGCUUUUACAACUGAAGCACCAUUAAGUAUUCACACUUUUAACUAACCCCAGAGAGGGGCCUCAGUUUUGUAAGGAAAAAGUCUCAAGUACUGGAGUGUUUUCUGUAGUUGUUCUUUGCUCAAACUACAAAAGCACAAUAACCUAUGGUCAUAUUUGCAUUGUAAGUAUUAACAAAGACACCCGCCUGGGUGACAAGACUCUAACCAGGGGUUAAACUAUCCUGGUGUUGGGACCUCACCUGACAUACCCUUGAGAAGUGUUUCUAAAGAUUCUGUCACCUACAAAUAAGAAUAGUCAAAUUUUUCUUUGCCUGUACUAAAGGGACAUUUCAAGUGUUCAGCUUAAAACCAAGUAAUAUUUGAGCCUUGGAUAUACCAUUUUACUUUACAAAAUGACAGAGAACUCAUUUUUUCACUCCCAUUUUAAAUAGCUUUCAUUCAAGCAAAAUCAGGUAGGAUAUCAUCUUUGACUUGAAUUUCAGGUAAUCACUACCAUGGUCACUAUACCAUUCACAAGCAUUUUCCCCACCUGAGUUGGUUUUAAAUUUACAUUAAGACAACUAUUCCCUCAGUCCCCUACUUUUGCCAGAAAGCAGAAAAGUCUGCUCUAUUUUUAUAUAGAAAGAGUAAAUUCUCCAGUGAUAUUUUUAAAAAUAUCAACCUAUAUGCACUUUAGAAUGUAAAAUAACAGUGACCUGUUUAAACUCAAAGACCCACUAUUUUGAAUAUUUUUUAUAGAGACUUGGUCUUUCCAUGUAAAUAUUUGGUUUUUCUUUUUCCUUCAAUCUCAGGCUCUUUUGUCAUCUUUCAAGCAACAUCUGUAAAACCCCCUUAUGCCUGUAGAUGUGAGUGUGGCAGUAUUAUUUAAUGAAAUUUAUGUCAGGUAAUUUUAUUUUAAUGGGGGGGCUUGUGUAUACACAAAAGUAUGUAUAUUUUCACUGUAAAAAAACAAGUUAAAUUUUUUCCUUUAUGUUAAUUGUUUAAAAAUUUUCUAGAGCCAAUGAAGCUCUUUAACGAAGGUGUUUCUUCCAAAGAACAAAGCCAGGUAAUGACAUUUAAAUUUAAAUGAUACAUUUAUUAGAACUGUGCCUUUUCUACCACACUGGAUUAAAUAAGCUUGUCAGAAA